AUGAGUUCAAAUGAUUAUACUGCAUCUCAUGGUUUCAUAAAUUUCGUAUAUCAAGGAUGGUUCGAUGGUGCUGAUCCAGGAACGGGUGUUUAUGUCUUAGUAGACCGUGCUCAAAAUUUACUAGGUUCCAAGUUACCUGAAACUUUAGUUGCAGAUGCCAUAUCUAGACAAGUCAAUUUACUUGGUCAAUAUCCAGAUUCAAGAGAUAUUGCACCUUCUAUCUUAUUUGCAGUUUUAUUUGGAGUAGUUACAAUUUCACACGGAUUCAUAUUCUUGAUGAAUACUUUUAGAGGUCAUUAUUUUAUAAUGGGUUUAAUUUGGAUCUUUGUUUCUUUAAUUAGAUGUCUUUCAUUUGUUUGGAGAGCCAUUUGGGCUAAAGAUAUAAUUCAAGUAAGAACUGGGAUUGCAGAUGAAAUUUUAUUAGUUAUACCUACUGUAUUUUUAGUUUCUACUAAUUUGAUAUUGGCUCAAAGAUUAUUCACUUGGAGACAUCCAGUUGGUGGUUCAAGAAAAACUUUCUGGGCAAUUAUGAUGUGUUUAUAUUGUUUUGUUGCUGUUUUGUUAACAAUUGCAAUUUUGGCAUCAGCUAUUCCAUAUAAUUAUCUAUUAUCAACUAGUAGAUUUUUAGUGUAUAAAAACUUGAACAAAUGGGUUUCAGUUAUGUUGGUUCUUUAUACAUUAACAGCCAUGGCUUUGAUUGGUUUAUCAUUUUGGUUACCAACGGCAAAAGAUGAAAGAUUAUAUACUUAUCAACCAUGGUGGAUUGAAUCAUUUUCACCAUUUUAUUUUGUUCGUAAAAAUGCUGCCCAAGAAGCUGAAAGAACAUUUAUGAAAAGAAAUUCAAAUCAUAGACAUGCAAUUAGAGUCAUUGCUGCUACUCAUCAUCAUUAUAAUAUGGUAGAAGGUUUGAGCAAUCAAAGAGGUGAUUUAAAACACAAUUGGUCUUUAAUAAUAGUUGGUGUUUCUACCUUACUUAUAUUCAUUUCAAAUAUGUUAAGAACAGUUGUUGUUUUUCAAGCUAGACCUAAUUCAGUAUCUGGACCAGCUUCAAGACCAACAGCAAUGUAUUUUGCUUGGGGUGUUCAUGAAAUCAUUAUUCAUUUAUUAUUAAUUAUUGGAAGAGCAGAUUUAAGAUUCUAUAGACCAGAUAUUUUACCAGCUGCAGUUAGAGCAAUUGUCACUGCUGAACAAUCACAAGUUCAAACUGUUCAUGCAUCAGAUGCAGAAUCAGAUGACGAUGACGAAGGUUUUGAAUAUGAACCUAGUCAUCAUGUAGGUUAUGGAUAUAGAUCGGAAGAAAAUUCAUUAGAUGAUGAUAUUGACUUUGGUAAUGAAAAGAAAUUUAAUAAUUUUGAAGAUGCUGAAGAUAUUCAUACUGAUAUAAGUUCAAAUUCUGCAUUUAAUUUCACGAUGACUCCAGGUUCAGAAACUUACCAAAAUUCAUUGAAUCUAAAAUACAAAGAAGAAAAUAAAUUACCAUAUCCAGAAGAUGAAAGUGAUGAUGAAUUCAAAUUUUAA